CGAGCCCUUCGCGGCCGCCCUCUGCUCUGUUGCGCCCACUGGGGGCGGCCAUGACCCCAGAGGGGGCUGCGAGCCUCCCACCUGCAUCUCCCUUGGAGCACCCGCUCCCGCUGUUCUGCCCCUAAAACUCCUUUCCCGGGAUCCCCAGUCACGAGGCGUCCUUGUCUCCGGGCCCUCCUCCAGGUGUAGUGGCCUCCUCUCCUCCAUGGCACACACCUGGUGUCCCGGGGCAGCACCACCUGCUCAGCAACCGCCUCCCAACUUCGUUUUUCCAUCCCAGGGCUUGGCAUACAGCAGGUCGAUCAAUACUUGUCGAUUCAAAACUUGCCUGAACUGCAGGCUACACCUUUCGCCCUAGGAGACAAUAAAUUAUAAACGAUGAGCAAAUGUAAACUGCAUACUGUGGUGACUUUAAUUUGUUUUUCUUUCCCAAUAGUCAUGCCUUAAUCCAGUGAUUCCUUUUUUGUUGUUACCUCAGAGUUCUCUAUACUUUAAACGGUACUGGACAUUUGAGACACCGUGACAGUCUGGUGUGGAAUCUGCUGCUUGGUCUGGUGGGCCUUUUCUUGUUUCUGAAAUCACCACACAUAGUGCUUGCAAAAGGAGCACCUGUUUUAUAGGAUUAAAAGCAAAACUCAUGGUCCCAUUUCAUAAGUUCAGAUAACUCACCAUAUUUUUUUUUCCAAUUUCUAUUUCAUCCUCCUAUCUGAUGGUAUGUCCUUUUUCAUCUCUGACCUAAUUUCCUGAGUCUUUCAAAUCUUCUGUCAGUUGGCUCUUCCAAUUUGCUGUUGUCUAUGUCCUUUAUUUGGCCUACCCUCUCGUUUCUGGUUGAUUUCAUCUUUUUACACACACCCACACUCCAGUCCCUCUCUCCUGCUUCCUAGGGUUUUCUUCCUCUCAAAGCUCAUGCUUUACUUUUGUAUAAGUGUUGUACCUUACCAUAAAUGUGCCUGUCCUACAACCUGUAUAGGAUUUUAAGGAAACAGAGGAGCAGCUACAAAAUGGGAAGAAGAAUUGGUGGGAACUGUGGCACCACUCUACCUGUGCCAAACAUCUCUCAUGAGAACUUACCUCACUGGAAUUUGGAUUCAGAAGUACCUGCUCCUGAAAAUAAAAACCUCUUACCUGGAAGGGACAGUGCAGCAGGUGGGAAAAUUAACAAGAGCCACUUGGAAAUUCCAGUAGAGCAACUGAUGCUAGAACUUAAUUUGUCAGAGCAUGCCCAAGAAAGAACCCAGAAUAGCAAACAGGGGAUAUUUCAGCUAUGGAGUUAUCCUCUUAAUCAAGAAAGUACCCUGGAGAACAGGGAUUUCAAAAAAUCUUCAGUGGAAACUGGCUUUAAUGUAACUAAUAAUGCCAUAAGGCUCUUCACUCUGAACCACUCACUGACAAGCACUGCAGCUGAUAAGCAAGUUGGUUCUCACCCUGGACAGCAGCAGCAGUUGCUGCCAGGUCUUUGCUCGCCCCACCCUGAUGGAGACUUCUUUAAAGACAGAAACGAGCCUCACAUCAAAUCGUGCUCAACAACAGAAAACAGCCACGGCGAAAACGGCGAAACCUUUUCUGCUCCCAGUUGGAAUGGGAAAUACGGAAACAGCAGUGCGGAAGAAAAUUUAACAGAUGAAAGCGAUUUAUCAGAAAGUGAAAAAACAAAUGAUGCUUUACUCAGCUAUUUCAAAAAGAUGGACCUGAACUUAAAGCCAGAAACCAUAGAAGACUUUGAAGACUCUUUCACAGAGGAACCAAGUGAAGUAUUUCCAUAUCCCGAUUUUCUCCCUCCACCUUUCAAUACUCUAGACCUGCACAAAUUAGCCCUCUCAAAAUCUGAAAGUUGGAAAGCGAUGGUGGAGCCCCCAGAAAGCUCUGUUGAACACUUGAUAACUCGUUUACUGGAAAUGGAAAGAAUUCAACACAUGACUAUACAAAAAGAGAGGUCAAGACCACAAACCAACCUCUUUACUCCAGCAGUUACUGAAAGACCCUCCUCCUCCAAAGCUGUUCCCAAAGUGAGGCAGCCGAAACUUUCUGAUGCUUUGAAUGUUCAGCCUUCAUGUUUUGAUAAAAGUCGAGAAAAAAGAAAAAACCAUUCCGGUUCUUAUAAGAUUGAACAGAAUGCUUCAAAAUGGAAUUGGAGCAAUGCUGGAAAAUAUAAAUGGAAAACUAGGCCACCAUCUCUAAAAAGCUCAUCCACCACAAAACAAUUGAUUGUAACUUACGACGACUUUAAAAAUCCCAAAAGCUCCAUUUUAAACCCAUGCCAAGAACUCUCCAGCAAGCCUCCUGCUGCCCAAACAACACAAUCACUGGUUAAAAUAGUCUCAGCGAGAUGCCUGCCACCAAGGUCUCCAAUAUCAAUUUCACCUGUACCUUUGUCUUUUCCCGAAAAUCAGAGGGAAGAAAUUAAGCCACCAAGGACCAGAAAGAAACUUCACCAAAAAAACGUAGUAUUGAACAGACCAUUCUAUAUUCAGAAGCUGAACUGUUUAUCACCUUCAUUUAUAUUGAAGGAUAAAUGCUUACCCAUUGACCAAAAAUAGCCCUCUUCUUUCAUACAUCUCAUCAUGAGCAAACCUCUUCCAGGAAGCCCAACUAAAAUAUGGCUCAUCAUUCCAAGAUAUGAGUAUUCAAUGCACACACACAUGUAACAAUUGCUUGAUAUGACAUGGAGUAGAGCUCAAGAAGAUCACUGUGGAGAUGUGUCUAUAUAAAGUCUAGGGCUUCUAUGGCAUAUUUGGCAGUCUUUUGUAUGUUACAAAGAUAUGUUUUUCUUAACAAACUAAGCCAUUAUAUUCAAAAGAUUGUUCUUUUGUUACUGUUUUCCACUAUAAUUCCAUCAAUAAAUGGUAUAAUUGACUUAC